GUAUAAAGAUCCUCAGGUGUAGAAAGAGAAGAUCACUGAUACAUGAACAAUAGAAUAGAAAUUAUACAACACAAUUUCCCAGUACGGAUUUUCUUGGAUCAUUGUAACUUUGCAUCAUAUUGUGACUUGUGCUAUCAGAAUCUCCAUGUCAUCACCGUGCCUCAGCAGCAUCCUGACUCAUGCCAACCUUACCAUGUAUCAGACUGGUAUCCCUGAUGUACUGCAGCAGGAACCCAGUGUGCUGCCCAGCAUUAACACUCUUCAGAACAGCAAUCCAGCAAACAGCUCUAACAUCCACAAUCAGUGGUACAAGCAGAUCAGCCCUCACUGCUGGACAGCAGACAAUGCUCUGGAGUGGAUCAGUGACCAAGUAGAGAACAACAAGUUUGAUGCAAGCAAUCUUAGUCUGGCCUGCUGCUCCAUGGAUGGACCCACUCUCUGCCAGAUGAACAGGGACCAGAUGAUAGGGAUCUUUGGCCUGCAACUUGGACCACAUCUCCACCAAAGUCUGCAGGAACAUAAGACCAAAUAUGACCUACAGAGCUUGUCAAGGUCAGAGCUGAAUGAGACCUGCCAGCUCCUGGACAAUUUCCUAGACAGCCUUAACUUCCCUUUGCUCAGCACUAUUAGAAUUGGCCAAGCUGAAGGCGUUGUCAGCAAGAAAGAGUUUGAAUACAGGGAUGAUUAUGAUCUGACUACUCUGACCAUGGAGCCCAUGACUUCUCACAGAGACACUGAGUUGUCUGAUAAUCAGUCUGACAGCGAGUACAGCUCCUCCUCAAACAGUGGCAUGUUUGGCUCCUCAACCCUCGGCUCACCUGAGUCUGGCAUUGGCGAAUCAGAACCAGAAAUCUCUUACCCUCUGAUUUCAAAGGUGCACAUCAAAACUGAGACAGAAGAAAUCCGCUUAAAGCGACCACGGGGGCGACCUCCUAAAAUCAGCAGAGAUCUUAGCAGCAGCAUUUAUGAAUGUCCAAAGAAAAACAAACACGUGCCACGAGGCACUCACCUAUGGGAAUUCAUCAGGGACAUUCUGAUUCACCCAGAGAGGAACCAGGGCUUGAUGAAGUGGGAGGACCGUCGUGAGGGUGUCUUUAAGUUCCUCAAGUCUGAGGCUGUUGCUCAAAUGUGGGGCCAGAAAAAGAAGAAUAGCAGCAUGACGUAUGAGAAACUCAGUCGUGCCAUGAGGUAUUACUAUAAGAGGGAAAUCUUGGAGCGGGUCGAUGGCCGGAGGCUUGUGUACAAAUUCGGAAAGAACUCUAGCGGCUGGAAGAUUGAGGAGAUUGGUAUGGGCAUGUGAGUGAACAGUAACAGAGCAGGUAGAAACUAAAAAGCUUAUCAGACUACGAGGUCAGGAGCAAUAAAUUAUGCAUGUGGCCUGUCUGAAAAUAAAUCUUGCUGCCCCAGAUGUUUAAGACACGAACUUCCCCUCAGAAGGAAGGUGUUGCAGAAAAUGUAAGCCAGUGUUUUUGGCUCGAGUAGGUUUUAUGAACCAAUAUUAAUGCUGUAUUUGUCUUGUAUUUUUGAUUAUCAAAGUAUACUAUGUUCAUAAUAGCUAACAUAUACAUCAAUCUGGAAAAUUGUAAGUUUCUAUUAAAAUGCAUAGUUUUUACAAUUGUACAGUAAAAAAUCUCGUGUUUGUAUUUAACUUUCCUCUACUGAAGCAGGACUAACUCAUCCUCAAUUGUCAUUUACAGUUUAAUUUGGUAUAUAUGGGCCUUAAGGUAAAUUGUAAAUGGUUGCUUUUCUAGUCUUGAUGACCACUCAGUAACAAUGUGCAUUACAUGUCUAUUGGUAUUACUUAGUGUGUUUUCACAAUAUUUAGUAAAAUGUAAUUACAUCACUUUUCAUAUGAUCAUUACCUGUAAAAACUUAAUCCAUUAUGCUGUCAUCCACUUUAGACUGAUUAAUAUACUAUAUACGUGUGUGGAUUAAUUCUCAUGUGUGAUAAAAUAAAAUGGUUUUAGUAGAAAUCAA